UCAAACCCCAUCGUUAAUUCAUCUCAUUUCCUUAACCUUCCUGCUUCUGCAACCAAACAAACAAAAAAUGGCUUCUGAGCUCUUGAAGCUGAAGAUCUUAGAGAAAAGCCACGUGAAGCCCAGGGAAAAGCUGGGGAAGAAGGAGUGUCAACUCGUCACCUUCGAUCUCCCAUACUUGGCCUUCUACUACAACCAGAAGCUUCUGUUCUACAAAGGAGAUGACUAUGAGGGGAUGGUGAAGAAGCUGAAAGAAGGUCUGAGUGUGGUGCUUGAAGAGUUUUAUCAGCUUGCUGGGAAGCUUGGGAAGGAUGAAGAAGGGGUUUUCAGAGUUGAGUACAAUGAUGAAGAUGAUGCAGAAGACGGUGGUGUUGUUGGUGUCGAGGUCGUUCAAGCUGUGGCCGAAGCUGACGUUUCAGUGGCGGAUCUAACCGUUGCAGAGAGCACAAACACUUUGAAGGAGCUCAUUCCUUAUACUGGGAUCCUCAAUUUGGAAGGCAUGCACAGGCCCUUGUUGGCAAUUCAGUUAACGAAGCUGAAGGACGGGUUAGCGAUGGGAUGCGCCUUCAACCAUGCGGUCCUUGAUGGAACCUCCACGUGGCACUUCAUGAGCUCGUGGGCCGCGAUCUGCUGCGGCUCACCUACAGUCUCCGCAGCACCGUUCUUGGAGCGAACCAAGGCGCGAAACACGCGAGUGAAGCUCGACCUCACGCUCCCAUCUGCGGACCCACUUGCUGGUAAGUCCAACGGUGAUGUUAAGCAGGCCCCACCACCUCCGGUUCUCAGAGAGAAGAUCUUCAAGUUCUCCGAGUCAGCAAUCGACAAGAUCAAGUCAGCGGUCAACGAAAGACUCCCAUCCGACGGGUCAAAACCAUUCUCCACAUUCCAAGCCCUCUCUGUCCAUAUCUGGCGUCGCGUAACCUAUGCACGUAACCUCAGGCCGGAAGAUUACACCGUCUUCACUGUCUUCGUCGACUGCCGGAAACGGGUAGACCCGCCGAUGCCGGAGACUUACUUUGGAAACCUGAUCCAGGCGAUAUUCACCGUUACGGCAGCCGGGUUGUUGUCUGCUAGCCCGCCGGAAUUCGGUGCGUCGUUGAUUCAGAAAGCCAUAGAAGCACACACAGCGAAGGCCAUAGAUGAGCGGAACAAGGAGUGGGAAAGCGCACCGAAGAUUUUCCAGUUCAAAGAUGCUGGAGUGAACUGCGUGGCGGUCGGAAGCUCGCCGCGGUUCAAGGUUUACGACGUGGAUUUCGGGUGGGGAUCGCCGGAGAACGUGAGGAGUGGAUCAAAUAACAAGUUCGAUGGAAUGGUUUAUCUGUAUCCAGGCAAGAGUGGAGGGAGGAGCAUCGACGUGGAACUGACCUUGGAGAGUGAGGCUAUGGCUAGGUUGGAGGAAGACGAAGAGUUCCUCAUGGACCUUUAAAACUCCUAUGUACGUACCUAUAAUUCACAUGCAAGUUUGUUCUCUGUAUUUUUUUUUUACUGUAAAAUUAUUGUAGAAUUUGGAGAGAUAUGAACGAUUAAAUAAACAGAUCAAAAUUGAUCUGAUUGAUCUAAUACACAUUCUUAUAUAUGUUCAUGUCUCUCGUUAUGAUGAAUUCUCUACAAUGAUUUUACAAGAAAAAAAAAAAUGUGCAGAGGAUCGUUAUUGCGUGAUAACGGCUUUGUUUUGACUAUUUCUGUUUUGCUCUUUGGGUAUCAAUGCUGUGAUUCGUUGAUGUAGUAGAAGUUUGUGCAAUAUUAAUUAGACUAGUAUUAUCUAUGGAUAAAUUCUUGGGUAAAAUGUGGCAUAUAAUACAUUCAAUAGCUCAAAAGAUUUAAACAAAUCUGGGCUAGCUAUUGCAUGUUGUAUAAUGAUAAUUACUGUAUUAUACCUAAGAAUUUUUCAAUGGCCGUGAAGUGCGUAAAUUUUUAAUUUAUGUGAUGUAAUCAAUAGCCUGGACUGCAAUAACUAUUGGUGCAUGAUUUUGCAAUGUCUUUAA